GAGACAUGCAAUGGCUUCAGUAACCUCUACGGAGCAUGCUCCGGCUCCACACAUCCGACCCCGCCCUUUGAGCUGGAGGGGGGGGCGAGCAGAAAGCCUUUUCUAUUUGCAAAGCUCCCGUAUUAUUCCUCCCCGUUGGCUUGGCUUGACUCUCCUGCAAAGAUAGCCCGUCGUCCCGGCCGGUGCAACGCGGCGACGACGACGACGGAGCUACGAUGAUGAUGAACCCGAGCACCGCCACGGCCAACCCCAUGCAAUUUCCAGGAGGCACCACUGUCCUAGUGGAGCUCACUCCAGAUAUUCACAUCUGCGGUCUUUGCAAACAGCAGUUCAAUAAUCUAGAUGCGUUUGUUGCUCACAAGAGAAGCGGCUGUCAACUGUCAGGCCCAGCAAGUGGCGACCCUAGUACAGUACAAUUUGUGGCGGAAGAAACAGUACCGGCAACACAAACCACCACAAGAACAAUUACUUCAGAGACACAAACUAUUACAGUUUCUGCACCUGAGUUCGUUUUUGAGCAUGGCUACCAAACUUACUUACCUGGAGAAAACAGUGAGCCUCAAGCUGAUGCUGUUAUCCCCACACCACCAAAACCUCGUGUCAGAAAAGCCAGCACUUCCGGGGCACAAAAGAAACUGAACUGCUGCUAUCCGGGCUGUCAAUUCAAGACGUCCUAUGGUAUGAAAGAUUUGGAACGGCAUUCAAGGACACACACAGGGGACAAGCCCUUUAAAUGUGAAGUUUGCAGUAAGAAUUUCAGCCGCAAAGACAAGUUGAAAAUGCACAUGCGGUCUCACAGUGGGGUGAAGCCCUACAAGUGCAAACACUGUGACUACGCGGCUGCUGAGAGCAGCAGCCUGAACAAGCACCAGCGCAUCCAUUCCAACGAGCGCCCCUUCAAGUGCCAGAUCUGCCCUUACGCGAGCCGCAACUCCAGCCAGCUUACUGUUCAUCUUAGAUCUCACACAGGAGAUGCGCCUUUCCAGUGUCAUCUGUGCAGUGCCAAAUUUAAAAUCAACUCAGAUUUGAAGAGGCACAUGCGUGUGCACACUGGGGAGAAGCCCUAUAAAUGUGAAUUCUGUGACAUGCGCUGUGCCAUGAAAGGAAACUUGAAGUCGCACAUCCGCAUCAAACACAACAUGGAAAAUGCCUUCCAGUGCCUCGAGUGUGAGUUCCAGUGCGGGAACAAGACGAGCCUCCGGCAGCACCUCCGUACACACCAACCUGAGCAGCCGGUCAAAUGCCCGGAGUGCAGCUACUCCUGUUCCAACAAGGCCACCCUCCGGGUGCACGAGAGGAUCCACUUUAAGGACCGCCCCUUCAAAUGUGAAUUCUGCAGCUUUGAUACGAAGCAGCGGAGCAACUUAACCACGCACAUGAAGAAAGUCCACCGGGACAAGGUCCAGGUCAAGAAGAAAAGUGCCGAUAAGACAGAAGGAGACUGGUUGAAGGAAGGCAGCUCCAGGCAAGUGGCCAAAUUGGAGGCCAAGAAGGCCUUUCGAUGUGAUAUCUGUGAUGCUUCCUUUGUCCGUGAAGAUUCCCUAAGGAGCCAUAAGAGGCAGCACAUUGAGUAUAACGGGGCUAAAAGCAGUGAGCUGGCUGUUUUGCAAUUCCAGAUGGACCCCACUAGGCAGGCUGGUACUCCUAUUACUGUCAGUCACCUCCAGGUGCCACUUCAUGCUUCCCCUUACGGCGAAGGGCAAGUCAAGAUAAUUGUUGGACACCAGAUGUCUCAGGCUAGCGACCUCGUGCAGGCAGCCUCAGUCAACAUUGUGCCUCCAGCUUUAAUCAGCCAGAACCAAGAUGAUCUGUCUGGCAAUAACCAGCUGCAAAUACUCCAACAGGUGAGCUUGCUUGCUUCCCCUCUCCCUUCAGGUUCUCAAGUGGAAGGCAUUUCAGUGGGCCAACCAACAGUUCUCCUCACUACCCACGAUCAAGCUGAUGGCAGUGCAUCAAACCAGACGUUGAUUCCCACCAUCCCAGUGGGCAGCCAUGAUGUCUCAGCUAGCCAAGCUUUCAUCAAUGGUGCUGGGAUCAGCUGCUCGGACUUGGACGGGCUCAAUGCUUUGAUUCAUGAGGGGGCAGGGGAAGUGACAGUAGUCAGUGGGGAGGACCAGAGCAUCGCUGUGUCAGCCUCAGCUCCCUCUCCACCUAUAUUUUCCCCCUCUUCUCAUCCAGAUGGACCAAAGCAAGCCUAUUCCAUCAUCCAAACCGGAGGCCAUGCAACGUUGCUGUGUCCUGCAGACUCUAUACCAGAUUAGUCUGGGGGAAAAAAAUCAUGUGUUCUGUACUUUGUUGGAAAAUUAACAUUCAGCCCAGGAGUUUAUUCUAGAUUAGACUGUCAAGUAGAAUAGGCACAGUGGGCUGUGUGUUUCCGUUCCCUGUGCCUUCCUGGAAAUAGCACAUCUACACUUACAGAGCAUAACACUUGUGUAACAAGCUCACUAGUAUUGCUGAGGUCAGGAUCGGUAGCUGCGGAAGGAAGAGUAGGAGAUCCUGUGAAUGGUUAUCACUCAUGGCACCAGUCUUGAUACACAAGUCAUCUUUGCUGUUUCUCACUCUAUAUCUCCCUUUUAGUAUACAAUGAUGUUUCAGGGCAAUUAAACUUGGAAAAAUCAUGGUAAA